UAAAACAUUCUUUCUCAAACUUCAUAAGUUCAUAGAAAAAACUAGUUAUUCUCAGUCGCAAAAUAGUAAAAAAAGAUGUUUAAAAUACUAAACUCGCUGAACGGCAUAAGCAUAGCGGGCAAAGCAAACCGCUACGGGCCGGUUAAUUUGGUUUCGCUCCUGCACAGUACAUUUCAACCGCGCGAUUUCCAACUAGAAACAGUGGUUCCCGAAAACGGUACACCAACGCAUCGCUUUUCACGGUACAUUGCCCACAGCAAACGCGACUGGAAGGACCCGACCCAGUACAACUUUAAGUAUUCCUUUUUCUAUCCGGUGUACCGUCCGGAUCAGUUUCUUGAGCACCUGAAAUCGAUCUCUAACCAUGAUAUAAGUAAGUUGAUCUGCUUGACAACGGACAUCCGGAGCAAGUCGGAUGUUCGGUUAUACACCGACGUGCUGAACGCACUGGACGAAGAGUGUGAAGACCGGGUGGACCAGUGCAGUUUUUACGAGCUGGUUCGAUUGCUGCAUGGUUUCAUGUAUUUGCUACCGACGAGAAUCUUUAGGUUGAAAACCUAUCGGAAAGCAAUGCCCAGAUUGGUGGAACUUUUCAAUGAAAAUCGCAACGAUAAGGAUUUCAUGAGUGUUGUUUUCUUUCUCGGGCUGUGCAAGAGGGACGCUUAUGGAGCCCGAUUGCUUGAUCGGUUCCUGAAGGAUCAUAUGGAAGAAUUCUUCGAUCAGCUAGCGCUGAUGGAUUUCGUUGUUUUGGCUGAUGCUUGCUUUAAGACUGGUCUGAGAGUAGAAAGUGACCGAUUUGCAUCCCGGUUGCAGCAGGAGAUCGGUGACUUCGAGGGAAAUGACGUUACUGUGUUGGUGGCGCUGCUUAAAAGCUCCCAAUUGUAUCAGGUUCAAACCGAUAAGAUUGUGGAGAAGUUGAGGAAAGUUUUGCGUAAUGAUGCAAGUUGUUUUAGUUUUCAAGAGCUCACCGAUUUGCUAAAAUACCUAUCUGAAAGUCGAAUAAAGGACGAUGAGUUAAAUCGUUUACUUCUGAAUACAAGUGUAAAGAGACUUAACCACUCUUCGCAAAGCUUUCGACCUGAAGAUUUGGCCAAUUUUCUCAGGAGUUGCUCAAAAUUGUCUAUCCCGUUCGAAGACCUGGAAAUGAAUCCGAAACAGUUGACCGAUAUAGUUUUUAAUAAGGUAGACAAUGGAGAAUACCAAACCAUACCGGACACUCUAGUUGACACCUGUCUAUCACUGUGGAUGAUGGGACACCAAUCGAUAGAUAUGCUAUCGAGUAUAUAUGGAGAUAGGCAAAUUAUGCAGUUUUUCAAGCAAAAUCGCGAGAGAACUGAACCCCGCCGGGACUUAUUAUUGGCAUGUGCCGAAAUUGAACGUCCCGAGUCGUUUAAAAUUAUUUCCAAACUACCAACAGUGAAGGCAGCCAAUCUAACCAGAUCGGCACCGGAAAAUCUAGUUCAAACCCGUCCAGGACUGCGGAAGGUUAAAAGUUUACUGGAAGGCAUGAGAGACGAGUUGGGUAUAAGGGAAAUGAAGUACAAUUUGCCGAUCAAGUUUGUCAAUAUUGCCGGUUUAUUGCUGCAGUUGGAAGACGAUCGAUUCUUGAACGUGGAAGUUUUAGAAUCAGAGUACUGUCUGUCAGAUGAUCGAACACCAGCGGGGAUGAUGAAUUUGAAGUUGCGUCUAAUGAAUAAUUUUGAAGUUGAGAAUACCAUGGUAAAUAUGCUUCAGAUGGAAUCGGAUGAGCAACUUACACAAUUACUGCGGGAUAUUGUUCAAAAGAUUCCGACAGAAGAGUCAACGGAGAAUAGAAAAACUGCAUAAAUUACAAUAAAACUUUUCAACAGUCACAGUUAAGGCUAAAAAGCU